GAUGAGCGGUUGCCGCGCCCUCCGCCGAGCUUCUUCUGCCCGCCUCCGAGCCUGAGGAAACAGCUGAUUGAUCAGCCUGGCUCAGGCUUGGGGCGGGGAUCGGCUGAUUGGCAGCAACGCCACGGGACAGCCAAGCUGGAAGCCUGAGGAGCCGGAGAGGGUGCUGGCUGCCGCGCGGCCGAGAGCCAGGGUCUUGCUGUGUUGUCCAGGCUGGAGUAUAAUGGUACACUCAUAGCUCACUGUAAUCUCAAACUCCUGAGUUCAAGAGAUCUUCGUGCCUCAGCCUCCUGAUGUGUUUUAUGGACCAUGUGCUGCUAUGUAUGCCUGAAGAAGUACUUGAAAUGCAAAUUUGGGGAGACUUUGCCAUAUAAAUGCUUGGCUGGAUUAAGCGCCUAAUUAGGAUGGUUUUUCAACAAGUUGGAGUAAGCAUGCAAUCGGUACUUUGGUCUAGGAAGCCAUAUGGUUCAUCUCGAAGUAUCGUAAGGAAAAUUGGUACUAAUUUGUCUCUGAUUCAGUGUCCGAGAGUUCAAUUUCAGAUUAACAGCCAUGCAACAGAAUGGAGUCCCAGCCACCCAGGAGAGGAUGCAGUGGCGUCUUUUGCUGAUGUUGGAUGGGUAGCCAAAGAAGAAGGAGAGUGUUCAGCAAGACUGAGGACAGAGGUCAGAUCAAGGCCACCUCUUCAGGAUGACCUUCUUUUCUUUGAGAAGGCCCCAAGCAGACAGAUUUCCUUACCAGACUUGUCUCAAGAAGAGCCUCAGCUGAAGACCCCAGCACUGGCAAAUGAGGAAGCACUGCAGAAGAUUUGUGCUCUUGAAAAUGAACUUGCUGCUCUCAGAGCUCAGAUUGCCAAAAUUGUGACCCAGCAGGAGCAGCAAAAUCUCAUUGCAGAUGACUUAGAUUCUACCACAUUUGGUACCAUACCACCACCCCCUCCGCCUCCCCCACCACCCCCACCUGCUCCUCCACUGGGGCUCCACAAAAGUAUAUCUGCUGUUGAUCUGAUUAAAGAACGAAGAGAGAAAAGAGCCAAUGCUGGAAAGACUUUGGUUAAGAACAGUCUAAAGAAACCUGACAUGCCAAAUAUGCUAGAGAUCCUUAAAGAUAUGAACAGUGUAAAACUUCGGUCAGUGAAGAGGUCAGAGCAAGAUGUGAAGCCCAAGCCAGUGGAUGCUACUGACCCUGCUGCCCUCAUAGCAGAGGCUCUGAAAAAGAAAUUUGCUUAUCGGUAUCGAAGUGAUAGCCAAGAUGAAGUUGAAAAAGGAGUUCCAAAGUCUGAAUCAGAGGCCACCUCAGAGAGAGUGUUGUUUGGGCCACACAUGUUGAAGCCAACAGGAAAAAUGAAGGCUUUAAUUGAAAAUGUAUCAGACUCCUAAUAGACAAUGAGCUGCGAAAGACUCCUGGUUCCCCUGUUGAUUUGUGAGGGCCAAGUUUGCUAGUAGAAAUCAACACUGUUUAGUAAAUACCUGACGUUAGUAUUCAGUCGUCUCCUUUUCAGGCUAAUUAGAGGAUUAAGCAAUAAUGAAAGCACUAAGUUUGGUUUUGCUUUUGUGAGAUGGUCAGCUUUGGUGUUCUCCACAACAUGUGUGUUCUGACAUGUUUCUAAUAUGUGGCCAGGGCGUUCAGAUUUCCAGUUUUGAAAACAAUUGUAUAGAUUUCACAACACAAAACGGACAUCUGUGGAUGUUACUGCACAUUUUAAAUUCUUAACACUAAUUUAUCUGUAUAAGUGUUUUAUAUGCAUAUUUUUGGACAUAAACAGUUUAUGUAAAAUUAGUAAUGAAUGACGGCAAUGAGGGCAUUGUUAUCUUCGUUUGUUUUCAGUGAUCAUUUAGCAUUCAGUGAUGGAACAGCUGGUAUAACAUAAGUUGUUGGCAUGAAAUAUUUGAGAUUGGAAACUUCUUGCCUUGAACAGAACUUGUAUCUUAGAUUCCCUCUCACAUUUUCUUGGAGCUGGGGUUUGAAUAGGAACCAGAUGAUGUUCACUGCUGAAAUUCCAUAAUGCUUCCCAUUGAAGGGAAGUUGAGAACCAGGAAAGCUGCUUUCACGUCAUUGCCAUCCAGUACAGACAGGGAAGAAAGAUGUAGUUUUCCAGUAGUGAUGAAUCAAAUUAUUGAAUUAAAUUUCUUAUUAAGUAAAAACUCAGAAUGUACCAUCUUAUUUCCUUUCAGUUUAUUAAAUAGCAUCAUAAAGAUGACUUUGCUAAGUUAAGAGUUAAAUUUAAUAUAAGCCAAAAUAUUAACUUUAAUGAAACAUUGACUUGGCAAAUGAAUUUCCUGUAAAUUAUCAUUGGUCAGAAUGCUGUUUUGUUUAAUUAUAUUACACAGCAUAAACCAUAGGUGUUAUUAGAAGCAGAGAACUGCCUUUUUCAUCUGGGGCUUUUAAGGACUUGUUAUAAAUGAUUAUUUUUUCAAUGCUUUAUAAAUCUUCAUGAUUUUUCUAUUUCUGAUACACUCAGCUAUAGUUAAUGCCAGAGUAUCCUCCCAGGAGUAAAUAUUUGGAAUAUUUAAAUCUAGUAAAAGAAGAAAGUUAUACUUCCUGGGAAUAUUAGGAGAUGGGAGUAGAGAUUCACCUUUAAGUUCUUGAAAAUAUACGCAUUCUCCUAAAUAUUAACAAAAAUGAUUUGGGGUAAUGAUAUGGCUUGGUUAUUCUGUUUAAAUUUGUACUGUGGCUUAUGUUACACAUGUUCAUGUUCACCUCUCAUUCACCUGUUUGUUUUAUAUGGUUUAAAAUUCUCUUUAGCAAAAUUCAGAAAAUUCACCUGAAACGUAUUUUGACCUCCUAAGAAACAUAUUUUUGUAUCAGUAUUGAAUUUUGGACAGUGCCCCCAUAUAAGGAAGUUACUGUUUUAAAAUAAAGCAAACUGUUUUAUUUCCCUUGGA